AUUUAGUGUUGCUAACUUCUUACUAAUAGGUACUAAUAACAAUGUUUCCCGCCAUUUACAAUUUACUAUCAUUUGCUUUGUUACGAAGUAAUAGGCAAUAGCAUUAGCCAAAUCAUUCAGAAAUCAGAAUAUGUACUGAAUAUUACCAUAGCCUAUUAAACUAUUAAAGUAUUAACUUUAUAACUUAUUAGGUCUAUGAGUAUUACUCUAAUAGCCAUUGCUCAUUACUCUUAUUUCAUAUUUGCAAGUGUAUGUUAGAUACUUUUGUAAAUCUGUAAAAUUGUAAUGUACUAACGUAAGAACUAUUAAAGUAUUAAUUCAGACUCGUCUUAAGUAUCUGUACUACAAUUAUUAUUAGCAUAGUGACAUACCUAGUAUUGUAAUAAAUUUCAAUGUGUCAGUGUUCAGGUGUUCUCAGUCCUCAGCGUGCAUAAUUUUUAUUUUGGCUGUUUAAAUUAAUUCAUAGUUCAAUUUUUUUUUUUUAAGUAUAUUGUGACGUUUUUUUUUAAAAAUUUAUCGUAGUUUUAUUAAAACUGUUGAAACUUAAAUAUGGAAGGAUUUGAUACUCCUGGUAUAUUUUUCUCUGAUACAUUCGGUGAUGAUGACAAUUUGUCAUCGUCAUUAUUGAACACAAGAUCAAUAAAAAAAUCGUUCAAAGAUUUCUUAAAAACAUACAACGAAGAAAAUUUUAACUAUAAGUAUAGAGAUACAUUAAAGCGAAAUUGUAAUUUGGGUCAAUAUUGGAUGGAAAUAAAUGUGGAGGAUUUAGCUGGAUUUGAUGAAAAUCUUGCUGAUAAGUUAUACAAACAACCAGUGGAAUAUUUGCCAGCUUUUGAAGAAGCUGCUACAGAAUUAGCUCAAGAAUUGCUUGCAUCUGAUAACUUAGAAGAUAUUGAGCAUAUUCAAAUAUUAUUGUCUACAAAUUCAUUGGCUUCUUCUUUGCGUUCUAUUAAAUCUGAGUCAGUUUCUCGGCUGGUCAAAAUUCCUGGUAUCAUAGUAUCGGCGUCAAGUAUUCGGGCUAAGGCUACACAGAUAACAUUGCAAUGUCGAUCUUGUCGUAAUGUAGUACCACAUUUGCCAGUGAAACCUGGCAUGGAUGGUUAUAUCUUGCCAAGAAAAUGUACCACUGAACAAGCUGGCCGUCCACAAUGCCCUUUGGACCCAUAUUUUAUUAUACCAGACAAAUGCAAAUGUGUUGAUUCUCAAAUUUUAAAAUUACAAGAAUUAAGUGACUCUACACCUCAAGGAGAAAUGCCACGGCACGUACAAUUAUAUUGUGAUCGUUACCUAUGUGAACGUGUAGUUCCAGGGAACCGUGUUAUGGUAGUUGGUGUUUAUUCUAUAAAAAAGGUCAAGACUUCUAAAAAACAAAAACUUACUGAAAAUUCUCGUACCGUGGUUGGUGUGCGUGCUCCAUAUUUAAGAGUUUUAGGAUUUCAAAUGGACGAUCAGGUUGGAGGUUUCACUACUUCAAUACCAACUUCUGUUGAAGAUGAAGAACUAUUCAGAAAAUUGUCAUCAUCUCCUGAUAUUUAUGACCGUAUUGCCAAGUCUAUAGCACCAUCUAUUUUUGGUUUUAGUGAUAUAAAAAAAGCGAUAGCUUGUCUGCUUUUUGGAGGUUCUCGUAAAAGACUUCCAGACGGUUUAACCCGUCGUGGAGAUAUAAAUUUAUUGCUUUUGGGAGAUCCUGGUACAGCUAAAUCACAACUUUUAAAAUUUGUACAACAAGUUUCACCUAUAGGUGUAUACACAUCUGGUAAAGGUUCUUCAGCUGCUGGACUCACAGCUUCUGUAACACGUGAUCCAACAUCUCAUAAUUUUGUGGUAGAAGGUGGAGCAAUGGUUUUAGCUGAUAGUGGUGUUGUUUGUAUUGACGAAUUUGACAAGAUGAGAGAAGGUGAUAGAGUUGCGAUUCAUGAAGCUAUGGAACAACAGACCAUAUCAAUAGCUAAGGCAGGCAUUACAACUACUCUUAACAGUCGUUGUUCGGUGAUGGCUGCUGCAAAUUCAGUAUUUGGUCGAUGGGAUGACAGUAAAGGCGAAGAUAAUAUUGAUUUCAUGCCUACAAUUUUAUCUAGGUUUGAUAUGAUAUUUAUUAUUAAAGAUGAACAUAAUCAAAACAGAGAUAUGAUAUUGGCUAAGCAUAUCAUGAAUGUACAUUUAAUGAAUGGUCAAGCUAAGCAAGAAGUUGAAGGAGAAUUACCAUUGGCGACAAUUAAAAAGUUCUUAAAUUACUGUCGUCAACGUUGUGGACCUCGAUUAUCUGAAGAAGCUGGUGAGAAGCUUAAGAGUCGUUACGUAAUUAUGAGGACUGGAUGUCAUGAAUUAGAAUCUGAGAAAAAACUUGCUAUUCCGAUUACUGUUAGACAGUUAGAAGCUAUUAUUCGUAUUGCAGAAUCUUUAGCUAAAAUGCAAUUGCAACCUUUUGCUACUGACAGUCAUGUAGACGAAGCAUUAAGAUUAUUUCAAGUAUCUACUCUGAGUGCAGCUACAUCAGGUUGUUUAUCUGGUGUGGAAGGUUUUUCAACUGAAGAAGACACAGAAACACUACAGAGAAUUGAAAAGCAAUUAAAACGCCGAUUCCCAAUUGGAUCACAAGUUUCUGAAUUUAGUAUUAUUCAAGAUUUUCUGAGACAAAAAUAUCCACAACGAGCUAUAGAUAAAGUUAUAUAUUUGAUGAUCAGGAGAGGUGAAAUACAACACAUUAUGCAACGUAAAAUGUUAAUUAGAUUAAAAUAAUUAUUAAAAUAUGUAAACUUAAAAAAAAAUUGUAAUUUAAAUGUGGCAAUUAAAAAUGUAUUUCUGAUUUCAUAUUGUGUUUAAAUUCAUAAGAACUAUAAUAAAUAAUUGAUAUAUUUUUAUUUUUAGUUUGUUUUAAACAGAAUAGUCAUAUUUUGGAAAGUGGAUGAUCUUUUCAUAAUUGAUAUUAUAUUAAGCCUCUUUUAACUGUAUUGAUUUAUUUCUUAUAAUUAUAUUAUAUUUUUGUAUUUUUUUUAUUGUAUCAUAAUUUGUAAUAUUAUAUUAGCACAAAUGUUUUAGACGUGUUAAAUAUCUAAAGUGAAUUAAACAUCACCUUCAAUUAUGAUAAUAAAAUUAAAGAGUUUUCAGUCAUGGGAAUAAAGAAUUUUAAAUUAAUAUUUUAACACAAAUGUUAAUGAUAAUAAUUUAUAAUAAUUGUUUUUUAAACUACAUUUUUUUUAUCUAUAA